AUGUCAAAAUCGAAGGAGAUGUACUCAUUGGAUGAAAGUAAUGAGCGCAUUAAAGAACGUGUCCGACAACGAAAUAUGGAGUUGAGCGCAUCUUUGGAAAGCUCUAAAGAGAAUUUGGAAGUCUCAUCCCUUAGUGGAGGCGGAGAUAAAUCUAUGGAAAACACGCAGAACGAAACCUCUGCCUCUAAGGACAUUCUUAUGGAAUCACCGUUAAAAAAUAGAACCAACAGCGAUAGUAAUGCUAACGAGCCUGCAGCAGAGUCGAAACCAACGCCUUCGCGGUUGAAGUCGCGAUUUUCCGAGCUGGCCGCAGAAUACGAAAACUUCGAAGUCGAUCAUAAUUGGCAACAUGCCGGGUCAAAGCCGAAGGAGGCAUACAUGAAGGGAGCUUCGCCACGGCUCAGUAUUGGCGAGACGAGACCGUCAGUGCUGUGCACGCCAGGCGGUAUGGCCCAGCUAAAGUCUAGUUCAACGAAGUCGCCCGGCAGCCGCGAAACAUCGCCGGUAAAACAAGUCACAACAAUCGUUUGUAACCAAACUCCACAAAAAUUGGAUGCAGUAAAGGAGGAGCCUCGACGUAUUCAUUUUGCCCAUCCCAUUGCUGCCACACAAAUAGUAGAAUACGAAUCAUCGAUGUGUACAACGGUGAACACUAUUGACGAGAGCAGCAUUGUGGCUGGAUGUGGAAUGCAUGAAAGUGUAGAUACACUGCCGAUUCCUGCUACAAGGAUGUUCCCCAAGAAUCAGGACGGCGAGGUUGAUCUAUCGAGUGAUGAAUACGGAGCGCAUACGUUCAAAAAGAAGACGACUUCUGAAGUAGUGAAGGACAACGAUGGGCAGGUGGAUAUGUCGAGUGACGAAUACGGUGCACAUACUUUCUUGAAGAAAGUUCGUAGCGCCAGCCAAGCACAUUUUUCACCAGUGCACUUUAAUCGUAAAGACUUUGUAAAUGAAUUGGAAGACGAAGCGAAGAAGGCUGCAAGCGGUUCUGGAGGCAAUGUUCCUCCGAAGUCACCUUCGUGGAAGGAAUCAAUGGAUGAAUUGAACGUUAGUCAUAACGUAUCAAAUUUAAUCGAUCAGGCGUUCGAGUUCAUGGACAAAACGCCGAACAAGAGUGCUGGCGAUGCGACUCCCAUGAAGCCUGAUCGCGACGGCGUCGCUCCUCAUGCUGAAGAGGAAUGCUUUUCACCUAUCAAGCAACAGCCAAUUUCGUUGCCGGUACCGCCUGAGGUGUAUAAGUCCCCUUAUGAGGAGCCUGCGGUGUACAAGUCCCCUUAUGAGGAGCGUGCGGUCACAAAAUCUUAUGAAGAGACGGAUUCCGCUAAGCGCGAUGGUUCAUCACUUCCGUAUACGGUAUCGUUUUAUCGCAAACGUAUUCGCGAAAUGCGUUCCGCAGAUACUGGUGUGGAGAAAAUAGAUUUGACGACGGACGUUGCAACUGCACCUAUCCAGACAAUUAUUGGAAGCACUGCGCAUGAAGAUCAAGAAGAGGAUGCCGAAACCAGACAGGAGAGAAAGGCUGCGAUGGAACGUGAAGUGAGUAUACAGCAGCAGAGAAUAGCACAAGCUACGCAUGCUCUGCGUUACUGUAAAGAGCAGACGGAGUUCAGGGGAAGCCGCGAAGAGGGCGUGCUCGAAUUCAAUUAUUAUCUAUCGCUCAAGGAUUUGCCUCCAAACUUUGUGUGUGCCCUCGAAGUCUUCGGUCUUCGGACGAAAAGAGAACAUAUCUCUCAUGAGGUCAAAUAUCGCCUCACUGGAACAUUAAGCAAGAAGCAACGCUCAAAGAUCCCGUCUACCUUGAAGACGUCACUAGGCGGGCCAUCUGCUCUUGCUGAGCCUGCGUUCCAAUUGGUCGGCAGGCUGACCAUCGACAUUAAUACAAAUGGACGUAAGCUAGCGCUGCAAGACGUUAUGACACCUUUGGAGGGGCACGUUAUUGUCAAGAUGAAGAAACAUGCUACGGAAAAGAGCAAUACAAUCAAUCGCGGAUUCCUAUCUAUGUAUCAACGCACAAAGGAUGGUCUGGGAACAUGGACUCGAUAUUGGUGCGUUCUGGAAGGCGGAGAAAUGCGAUUCUGGCGAAGUCCUGAUGAGGAGCGAGAUGGAAAGCUCUUACCAUAUAUUUUCCAGCAAUGGGUAGUUCUGUUGGAUCUACAGACGUGUGCAGGAGAUGGCGCAUCCACAGUACGAGACGUCUGUCCAUAUCCGAAUUCGUUCCACAUUGAUGUCUGGGUCCCGAAAGAAGGAUCACGACGAAACAGUUCCUCUGGCAGGCCGGAGUUGGAGAAGCUUCGGUGA